UGGAGCUCAGGGCUGGAGAGAGAGAGACCAAGGUUUGUGGGGUUGUUCCCUGCGACAACCUGUUUGCUCACUCCCUAGAUCGCUGGGCUGAGCUCUGUGGCCCGCGACCACACCCCUCACCCUGUCCAGCAGUCUAGUAAAACAUCAAUAUCUGAGUUCAUUGAUCAUGAGCUAGAGUCUGCUGUAGCUGCUACUUGACUGAUGUUGGCUGGUGGUUCAUCUGUAUAGAGGUACAGGGUCUCUCCAGCCAGCUGAGCCCCAACCAGCAUGCUGCCCUGACCCCAGGGCAGGUUUUCAUCCAGCUUUGAGUUGGCCUGUGUGACUCUCUCAGCCCCGAAGAUCUCAAGGCCCCAGACGUUCCCUUCUCACUGGCCUUGAGAAGAGGCAGCAUGGCCACUGCUGUACAGAGCAGUGAACUGGUAUUUGAAUUUGCCAACGGCGGGAUGGAGGAGAUCCAGCAGCUGGACGAUCCUUCUGUGUUUCCAGCGGUGAUUGUGGAACAGCUCCCCUGUCCAGAACUGCUGCACCUUUACUCUGGGCUGGACCGAGAUGAAGUUCCCAAUGGCAUCAUGGCAGACCGGGACCUGGGGGUGGCCGAAGGGCAGAUCCUGGAGGGAGGCCUGGUGGUGUCAGAUGAUAACAACCAGACUGUGAUGGCCACUGAAGUCCUGCUUGACGUGGAGGCCCCCAACAACAUACUGGAUGAAAGUCGCAUGUUCAGUGGUUCUGGGAUAUUCACUGAGCAGGACUCUUCUGGGGCCUUCACCAACUGUGUGCUCUCAACCUCCUCGGGGGCAGACAUCCCAACUAGUGGGAGUAUGACUGCGGAGGGCUUCUCCAUGCCAGAGGACAGCUCCAUGGACAAAUGCCUUGGGAGGCCUCUGCCAAUGAGGUCAAAGAAGAAAGUCCAGAAGGCAAAAGCACCCCGUUGUCCCUCACCAGUCAAUGAGCCCAACUUCCCCAUCCGGAAGAAGUCUAAGGAUGGCAAAGGGAAUACCAUCUACCUUUGGGAGUUCCUGCUGGCUCUCCUGCAGGAUAAGAACACUUGCCCCAAGUACAUCAAGUGGACCCAGCGUGAGAAGGGCAUCUUCAAGCUUGUGGACUCCAAGGCUGUGUCAAAGCUGUGGGGGAAGCAGAAAAACAAGCCAGACAUGAACUACGAGACUAUGGGGCGGGCACUGAGGUAUUAUUAUCAGAGGGGCAUCCUCUCCAAAGUGGAAGGGCAGAGGCUGGUGUACCAGUUCAAGGAAAUGCCCAAAGACCUGGUGAUAAUCGAAGAUGAAGAGGGUGAUGAGGCCAGUGCUGAACUCCAACAGGCCCCACCUCCGCGCCGAGCUGCUUCUAAGGCUUCAGCCCGGCCUUCCACUCAGCAGAAGAAGGAUCCCCCUAUGGAGGUUCUGCAACAAGGCCCGCAGGCAGCAUUGAGCCUGCAAGCUAUGGCUAAGGAGAGCUCAGCUGCUGCCAUGGCUGCUGUGGCUGCGGCAGCUGCUGCCGUAGCAGCCCCUCCUGGUGAGGCUCGGGGGACUCUGGCCCGCACAGUCAGUGCCUCUUUGGUUUCUAACCACGGUGGAGUGUCUGCAGCCGGAUCCAGCUCAGGCCUGGGAGCCCUUACCCUUCAGACCAUCCCACUGGCCACAGUGCUGGCCAGUGGCUCCUCAGGCACCUCGGCCACCUCAUCCCAAAUUGUCCUCCAGGGGGUCCCUUCGGCCUCGGCCUUCAAGGACAUCGUCACCCUGCAGGCUGCCUUCCCUCUGGGAUCUAACUUCCCAGAGGGCUCAGCCUCAGCAGGGCGUCCAUUUGUCCUUAGCAGCCUCUCAUCGGCGGCCCUUGGGCCUGCAUCCAGGCCCCCGGGGACCCUGGUGGCUGCCAUCAUUAGGACUCCAGGAGUGAAGGAGGCACUUCCUGGGCCCCCUUCCUACCUGCAGGGUGUCGUGGCUGACGAGGCCCUGAGGCAGCCUCAGCCACUUCAGAUGCAGGGGCUCCUGGGUAACUCCCAGCCCCAGGAAGCCCCAGGGAUCCCUGUGCUGCCCCAGACCCCCACCAGCUGCCCUUCUGUCGGCCUGACCCCCGUGGCUGAACUGGAACUCGCCACCAGCCCAGGGGCCCUGCUGGUAGCUGAGCCCAACCUGACCCAAUCGGGAAUGGUGCUGGCUGGAGCCCUGGGCCCUUUCCAGGAGCCCAGGACUGGAGCUGAAGGAGGUAGGGGAGAAGGGGAACUCUGAAGAGAGGGAUUUCUGGCCCUCUUUGGAGAAGGGCUCCUCAAGGGAGCUUCACCCACCAGUCAAGUGCCAGGGCCAUCUCUAGGUGAAUCUCUCAUGGCUGCCAUCUUGAAUGGAACCCUCCUCUCCCCUCUCCCUGGUGCUUGCUUUGGAGUCACCUGGGGGAGCUUGGCAGAGAAGUCAAGGGCACCACCAAGCAUGGGGUGGGGGAGGGGAGCUCUCCACCAUCAGCCUUAUUGUUUAUGCCCAAGCCCCCUGGGACCCUCUGUGUUAAAGAACCUGGCCUUUAACCUUGAUGCAUCUGGGAGAGGCCCAGCCAGUUUUGCCAACUAGGGCCUGCCUAGAAGCAGCAAGGAACAGUGGGAGAGCUCUGGAUUUCGAGCUAUAUUACAUGGCUUUGAACCUCAGCUCUGCCACUCCCUAACUCUGUGAUCUUGGGCAAGUCCCUUCACCUUACUGAGCCUCAGUUUCCUUAUCUGUAAAAUGAAGGGUUGGACUAGAUAAUCUCGAAGGCCCCCUCUAACAAUAGAGAUCCUCUGAUCCUUGAAUGCCAGCAAGAAGCCAAUGAAACCUGUCACCAGCCCUUUGCCAUUUUUGACCAUAAUUAGUUGGGCAUCCCUGGAGCCAAGCCCUGGGCUUCAGGGCCAUUCAGAGACAUGAACCUUCAGAGAAUAAUGCCCCUAGCUGGUGGGUGGAGAGGUGGCUUGGGUGGCCUGGAGGUUGGUGCCCACAAAAGCCCCCACUUAGGCUGGGCAGUGCUAACUUUUGGGUGCUGUUUCUGUUGCCCUGACUAGACUGUGAGCUCCUUGGGGAGGGGAGGGGGGAAGUGAAGGGUGUCUGGGCCCCACAUAGGGCCCCGCAACCAUGGCCAGUCAUUGGGAAAUUGAACUGGCUUGCAGCUGAGUAACCUUGCCUGAAUCAGUUUCUUCAUUGCCAUUCCCUACACUGAGGGAUGCCCCCUGAGUGCUGUAGGUCCCCAGGGGCAGCUUGGGAGCUUUGUCUGUGUGUGCUUGUGUGUCUGUGUGCCCAUCCACAUGCAUGCACUUAGGUGCUCAAGUAUGUAGAAACCAGCAUGGCUUAGUGGCAAAAGCCCUGGAUUUGGAAUUCAAAUCCUGGUUCUACCACUUCCUCUGUGAUCCUGGGCCAGUCACUGCCCUUUUCUGGGCCUCAGUUUCCUCCUCUGUAAAAUGGGGAAAAUAAUACUUACACUACCUACCUCCCAGAGGAGAGGUUGUAAGGAGAGCCCUUUGUAAGCUGACAAAGAGCUCUAGAAAUGACAGUUAGGACACCUGGGUGAGGAGGGCCUGGAACCCAACCUUGCUGGCCAGAGAUGUCCCCAAGCAUCUGAAUUUCCCAUUCUGGGUCAGUCAUUCAGGAAUUCCUUCCCAAACUUUUGGGAAGCUACUUAGAUCUUAAGCCAGGACGACUUUUCUGGCAAUCAGCGCUGUCCGAGGUCUCCCACGGUGGGAGAGGACAGCUUUGGACUUGGCCAAAACCUGCCUCGGUCAGGCUGAAGAAGGGUGGGCAGGACCCUGGAUCUCUGUGCCUGGGGUGCCGUGAACAUCUCCGUGCUUGUUCCCCUCAGCCCUUUCUUGAUUGUAUGUAUCCUUCGGGUCCCCCAACCCUGGAAGAGUUUGCCUUUCUAGGCCAAAGAGGCCCCAUCUUCUUGGCAUAGUCUCCUGCAGCCAUCCCCCUCUCCCCACCACCGAGUAAGUGGUCCUGGAGGAGGUGAGAGAAGGAAUGCAGGGAGAUUGUUGCUGUCCCAGGACAUCCUGGGCUGAGGAACCUUGUUAGGUAGGACGUCGGAUGUAGUCAUUUUCCCAUCUGCUUCCGGAGGAGGCAGGCCCUGCCCCUGGGCGGCCCAUGGAAAUGCCCACACCCUUGCAGCCCGCGUAGCUCUAUCCAUAGAAUCUAGAGAUUUAGAGCUGGGCUGGAUCUUAGAGACCAUCUAGUCCCUGCCCGCUAUGGCACUGAGGCUGAAACUGGGACUUUGAACCCAGAUGCUGAGUCCUCCCAUGCCAGGGCUCUCAGGCCCCCUCCUUGACUGGUCACUCUGUGGUGACACAGACCAAGGGUGGAAAGGUGCUAGAGCUGGAAUCCAAAACUGUCCCCACUCUCUAGUGUCUGGGUGCUCAGCCAGUCAAUCCAUCAACAAAUUCUUAUCGAUCGUCUACUGUGUGCCAGCCACUGUGAGGCGCCAGGGACACCGACAAAAAAUAAUCCCUGUGUUCAGGGAGUUACAUGGGAGAUGGGGAGUGAAUAUGUUCAGAGAAAAGUAAAAACUAUGUAUAAUGUAUAGACAGUAAUUUGAGGGGGAAGGGAUUAGCAGCUGAGGGAGUUGGUAAAAGCCUCUUGGCACUGGAGCUGAGAGAUUUUAAGUGAGUGAGAGCAUUCCAGGCUAGGAUGAGGAGAGCAGGCCUGUCCUGUGUGAAGCCUCUCGAUGAAUAGGCCCAGCUAGCAGGUCCCCAGGGGCUAAACUAAGUGUGUCUGUGCCCAGGGCCUGAGACAGUCACACAAACUCAGCCGAGGUCCCUUUGGGGAUAGGAUAGAGGCCAUCCCUUUUGCUUUGAGAUAGUUUUCAUUGCUGGGAACUCUUCCCCCUAUUGCAGGGAUCCCCCAGGGAUCUGUGCUUGGCCCUAGCCUAAUAUCCUCAGCAGUGACUUGGAUAAAGGGAUAAAUUUGGUUGCUUAUUAAAUUUGUAGAUAGCACCUUAGAUGAAAAAGAUCUUGACAGCUCCAGUGAUGGGUUGAAUCUACUCAGAUGAGAUGCCAGAGGGCUAUAUAAAGGCUUAUACUUGGGUUCCAAGUACUAGUUUGCUUAGCUGUUUGUCUGAAAGUAGCUCAGGUUGAGUGGACUGCGAUCUCAAGAUGAUUCAGCAAGGCGAUGUGGUGGUCAAUGAGGCUCCCGUGAUCUGGGGCUUAGGGAGUGACCCUCCCGCUUAGCUGUGGCCUUGCCUGGUCAGAUCUGGAGUACAGUACUUGAGUCUGGGCCCAGGAUGGUAGGAGGGCAUCCAGACAAAGGUGACCAGUGGAGUCAAAAUGGGAGCAUAGGAGGAUCAGCUUGAAGGCAUUGAGAACUUCAGAAGACAACACGCUCACUACCGUCAAGCAUCAGAAUGGGGCAGAAUAAGAAGCCAUGAAAUCGCUAUUUGAGGCCAGAUGCCAGGAAAAGCUUUCUGACAGUUAGAACUGGGCAGAAUUGAGGGCCCUGUUGACCUAAGUAUAACAUUCCCUCCCUAUCCAACAUCCCAUGUUAGGUAGAAAUGAUUUUGUGUUAUUGGAUAUUAAUUGCAUGAUCGGCUAUUAAUCAAUCGCAUCCAUGGUCCCUUCCAGUUGGAUAUGUAGGCUAGUCCUGGGCCUCCCCAUCUCAGUGGAAAGAACGCUGGUUUUGGAGGCCUUGAGCAGUCACUCCUUUCCCCUCUCUGGGCCUCAGUUUCCCCUCUGUAAAAUGAAAUGGUCUUUAAGCUCCUUUCCAGCUAUCUCUAAGUCUUAUGAAUUCUAUGUUUUUGAAAUCAAAUUGAAUGGUAAGCAGAACCAGAAAAACAAUACACACGAUGACUGCUAUUAUAUAAACGAUAA